GGCGAGAGUUGUGGCGUGAAGGUGUAAUGAUAUGAUUCGAUAUGACUCGCUUCCUAAAAAAAGUUGGUGUUUAAAUAAGGCUAUGAUGGAAACCUUAUUACCAUGGAUGAAAAGUGAGAUUCCCCGACAUCUCUGAAAGACCGUUUGGCGAGACAUGGUAAGUAAAUAUUGUUACAAUCUAUUUUUCAAUAUUUUUGUCUGCUGCUGCUUCUAACGUUACCGACGUUGGGAAUAGUAGGCAAGUUGGCAAAUCAGUUAAAUAUAUGGUAGCCGAACGGAAUCAUAAUAUUUGUAUGAACGUAGUACAGGUAGGUCUAUCUUGUGUUUGAAAGUUUGACAUGUAGGCUAUAUAUAUAUAUAUAUAUAUAUAUAUAUCUUUUUAAAAUCAUACAGAACUACAUAGCCACUGGUUUACCGUAGUUGAAGCGCACAAGCGGGCGUUUGUAAUGCACCUGUUGACUCCGCGGAAACUGUAUUUAAAAAAAAUUAAUCUGGCAUAGACAGUGGGACAGCAUUUCUAUAUGUGUAAAAACAACUAUUACAGUAGUCAUACUGUAUGUAGCCUAAUUUUUAUGAUGGUUUUGUCGAUGAUGAUGGUGUGUUCACACCUAGCUCUGGCUUUAUACAUUUUCUCAACGAUAAGGUAGGCUAUCCAACAGGUGCGCCUGAACUAGGCUUCUGUAUUUCAAGAUGACGCAACAGUCAAAUUCGACAGGAGGGUUGGUACCCACCCACCCACCUACACACACACAAGAAGCGGCUUUGCGAAAUAACUGAUUGUUGAAUCCCAGACAAGAGCAACCUGUUUGUGUGCACUCGUGUACAAACCAAAUUAAUAACUACUGACUCACUGCGACAGCUACAUAGGCUAUACAUGAAUGUUAAGAAGUCUCCCUUUACGCAAACAAAUGACAGUCUGAAUGAGUUCAUGCUUUAUGCUCUGUAAAAUAGGUUACCUCAAACUAAACCCACAGGUAGCCCCAGGUAAAGAAUCUCAGGUGUGAACCAGUGUGGAGGAAAUGGACUAACAAUGGCAAAUGGCUGGGCGAUAUGGCCUAAAAAUAUUAAUUGGAGAUAUCAGCCAGCCCUACUACAGCACCACAAAACAAUUUUUGGUAAAAGAAAGAAACUGUAGGCCUAUCUAGAUAUGUUGUUUCUCUGUGUUUUCAUAGUUUUUUUUAGCUUCAAUUGUAGGCUACUUUAUCCGUAUUUUUUAACUAUUGUGUAUGUAGCCAAUAUUUAUAGAAUAAACAGCCAGGGUAGAAAACAUAUAACAUUGUAGGACAUAGGCCUAUAUCGUAGCGACCUUAACUCAACACCUAGCGACCUCGUCAAGGGGUUCGGACCUCUUGGCAUAACGGUGAAGGUCUUGGUUUGACAGUCGCUGGACCCGGUUACGAGCCAGGGCUACCCUCCGAAUUCGCUAAAAUAUUAUACAGGAUAUACUGUAUAUGUUAUUAUGCAAACUGAUUGCAAUUUGAGCUGUAGUCAUUGUGUAUGUAACUUAUGAAUCUUAAUGUUUACAGAUGUAAAGAUGGCAGCUGUCAGAGCAAAGUCAUUUCGUCGCCAAGGAAGUCUAAUUAGGAGCAAAUCUGAGGGGAUGUUGAUUGAUCUAGACGAAAAUGGAACGCUGAACAUCAACAAUUUAAUUGGUAGCCUACUCUAACGUUUAUGAAAUAUGUUGUCUUUGAACUAAAUGUCAUGAAUAGGGUUGCAAAAAUCUGGUAGUCUUGGGAAAGUGACUAGAUUCUUGCAACCCUAGUUAUGAAACAAUUUCAAAUAUAGGAUUGCAUUAUGGGUAUUGUAACUCCUUUGAAUGGUUGCCUGUUUAAAGAGCUACAACCAGUAUUGAAGCCCAUUCUAUGUGAUUUUACCAUGCUCUCAUAUGUACAGUAUGUUUUAUAUUAGCAAAUAAGGCAUUGAUUUCACACAUAUAUUUUGUAUUUUCACAGGGAGUAGUUACAUAAUAAAUCAAGUGCCAAAACAUUCUGAGUGGCCUGUGUUGCAGCCAGAGGUCAAACAUGGAAGUCAAACCACAAAUCCAUUCUGGAACAAACUAUCUGGAUCCAAUCCAUUUUUGGAUGACAUUGUACACACAAACAAUGACAAAACGUUAAACAAUGCUGAUCUAUCAAUACAGCAAGAUGAACCUUCGGCUCUGUUUGACAGUGAGAACUUUGACGCCAGUAGCACAUCUUCGGACGAAACAAACUUCGUCCAUUUUGCGGAUACGAAGCGAAAGAGCAUAAGACAGUCAGGGAGAUGGAGGAGUGCCUCGGAUAUUCUCGGCGACCUGGAGAGAAAGGAACCCAAAAGAGACAAUAGCCUCAAAUCGCCAGCAAGCCUGUUUCUGAAUGCAGAUUUUGAGUGGUUGAAAAAUGACCGGGAGGCUUACAAAAUGGCCUGGUUGAGUCACAGGCAGCUAACGAGGUCAUGCCUUGACCUAGGACUGAUGAGUCAGAGUCCUGGAUGGGCCCAGACCCAAGCCACCGACUCUCAGAUAGUCUGCAAGAUAGGUCACAGCGGAGGGUCACUACAGUUACCAGACUCUGAUAUUACAGCCCAUAUCCCAGAGGGCCAUGUUCCUGCUGGGGAGGUUCAGGAGGUUGCGCUGAAAGCCAUCCUGGAGCCCCCUCACGGGCUGAACAACAACUAUAUGACAACCGUGAGUCCGCUCCUGGAGGUGAGUCUCAGCAACACGAGCGGAAAGGAAUCCAUCUCUCUGGAAAUGAAAAUGGUUGCGGAGGUUAAGAAGGAUCCGAUAAGUCAGGUCAUGACCACCUUUGUUGGACUAGUGUCCAAUAAGAGAGAGGGACCUUAUCAGAAAGUCAAGGACUGUUACAUUUACAAGAACAUCAUGCAGAUGAAGCUUCAAGACUUAAAGUCUCAUUUCUAUGUUAUUGUAGCCGCAGAGGCAUCGGUUAUCCAACCCCCUGCUACAUCUGUUUGGGAUUACCUGGAUCGUCGAGUCACUGUUGCCGUUUAUGGCCCAAAGUAUAUCCAUCCGUCUUUCAAAGUGGUCGUGGUCGUCUCUUGCCACGAUAAUGUUCCACCGAGGCUUCCGUUCUCAGAUAUCCACAGAGGCAGCAGAAACCUGCCCCCUCUGGUUCUACAGCUCUGGGAGAAGCACCAGUUUAGCCCAGAGAGACUGAAUGACCUACACAUCGCGACUACCGUCAUAGCAUCAAAGUUCAAGGUCAAAGCCCAGGAUAAAAGGAAAGAGGUGAGACAAGGGCUACUCAAACUGGGCAAAGUCAUUCACCUGCCUCUUGAGCUGGCCAACAUGGGCAAUGGGGAGAUGGAUUCCUUUAAGCUACGCCUCCAGGUGAGGGAUUCAAACAGUGUCACUGUAGCAGAGUUCCAGGUGUCUUCCCCUGCAGCGGCACCUAUUCGCUCUGAAAAGCGAGGUUCCAGGCAAAACAAAAUGUGUCAAUCGCUACCUAUCCCGGAGGAAUCCGUCCCAGAGUUCCCCAAAUUUGGGAGCAGACCUGUGAAGGUGCAGUGUUACGGGGUGGCACUGAAGUCAGUGCUCCGUCAACCGCGAGUGGAAUACCUCCUGGAGUACUUCAAGGGAGACACAGUGGCUCUCCUCUCCAGAGAGACCGUGAGGUCGGUGGGCCAGUCCAAAGUCAAGGAGUGGUACAUUGGCUUCCUCCGAGGCAGGACCGGCCUGGUCCAUUGCAAGAACGUCAAGCUCAUCACCCGAGACCAAGUGAUCGACUUCAACGGCACUGACUUCACCACCGAGACCCUCUUGGACAACAUGGCACUGCCGUUCAAGAAGCUCACCUACAUGUACUCAGACAUCCAGACACUGGUGACCAAACACAUUCCCAGCUGGAGGGGCUUCGCUGAUGCCCUUGGCUACUCAAGCUUGUCGCUGGACACAAUCACACGGAGACAUGCUGAAACAGAAGCCGAGAAGGUUGCAUGCGUGCUGGAGAAACUGAAGGAGGACUGCCACACUGAGAACAGCAAGAAGAAGUUCCAGCACAAGCUUAUAAUCGUAAGUGUAGAAAAGGACGGGGCAUGAUAACAUUUGUUUGAUAGGUCUCAGGUUUAGAGAAGAAACUUCAAACCAACUUGACCUUUGUUUUGAGUGACUUUUUCUCUUUUCUAAAUGCGCUUCAUUUGUUGCAUUUCAAGUAUGUGUUUUGUAUGGUGCUUUUUACAUCCUAGGGCCUGUUGAAGAUGGACUCUCAGGCUCUUGUGGCUCAUUUGAUCCAGAACACGGUCAUCCUGUCCACGGCGGUGGAGCUGGGUAUCAGGUGGAGGGAGCUCGCUGAGAGGCUGGGGAAACUCUCCAGUGCUCAGAUCGCUGGUUACGAGGCACCACACCGGGGGAAGAGUGGAGAAGUUAGCGCCACGGUUUGUUCAUUUGACUUGUAUUUGUUGUAUUUAGGAAAAUGUGUUGUUUUUAGAAGAUCACCCCUUCAUGAUCUCAUUGGAUCAACAGACAAGGAUUAGUAAGGCUGUACCAAUACUUUUAUUCAUAUCGUCCAUUAUAGAUGGGCAAUAGAUUUAUUUCCACUGCUCUUUUGAGAGCACGCAAGUAAGCAUUUCAUUGUACCGUUUAUACCCUGCUGUAUCCUGUGCAUAUGAUGAAUAAACUCUGAUAUGAUAGAUGCUCAAACUAUCAACUAACUAUCAACUGAACUGAACUCGUGGUUCCUCCUCUCUCCUCUAUUGUAGUCCAUGUGGAAACCUGCCUAUGACUUCCUGUACUCAUGGAGCCAGCUGUAUGAGGAGGGCUACCAGGACAUGAUCCAGGACCUCCACCUGGCCCUGGACAAGAUGAAGAGCCCAAUCACCAGACAGUGGAGGCAGCUGACCGGGGCGCUCAUCGCAGUCAACUGUCUGGAGAUCCUCAGGGUCUCGGCCUUCCCCAAACCA